AUGUAUUGUUUCCUAUCAAAAAAAUGCUUGCUAAUAAAUUCCUCGAAUAACUUCCAGGGAAAAGUAAAGUACGUUGUUAGACCUGUAUUGCCUGCUGGCUGUCAAUUUAAGACUGGCCACUGUGGUGUGGUCGGAGCAAGAGAUCCUUUAAGCUUGGGUGGUUAUGGUGUAGAACUUGCUUUGAAGAACAUGGAAUAUAAAGCUAUGGACGACAGUGCAAUAAAGAGAGCCGUCACCCUUGAAGAUCCUCAUACUGAAGAUCUCAGCCAAGAAGUUAGAGGGUUUAUAUUCUCUAAAAUUUUGGAGCGCAAACCUGAGCUAACAUCUGAGAUAAUGGCUUUCAGGGAUUAUCUUUUGUCGUCUACGGUAUCUGAUACAUUAGAUGUUUGGGAAUUAAAGGAUUUGGGACAUCAAACUGCACAGAGGAUAGUUCAUGCUUCUGAUCCUCUGCAGUCAAUGCAAGAAAUCAAUCAAAAUUUCCCCAGUAUUGUCUCUUCCUUGUCCCGUAUGAAGCUCAAUGACUCCAUUAAGGAUGAAAUCAUCGCAAAUCAGCGAAUGAUCCCACCUGGCAAGUCUUUAAUGGCUCUGAAUGGUGCUUUACUGAAUAUCGACGAUAUUGACCUCUAUCAGCUGGUUGACGUUGUCCAUCAGGAGUUAUCAUUGGCUGAUCAGUACUCAAAAUUGAAGAUUCCUACAAGCACUGUUCGGAAACUCCUAUCAACUGUACCUCCUCCUGAAUCCAAUAUGUUCCGUGUUGAUUUUCGCUCGGAUCAUGUUCAAUAUCUCAAUAACUUGGAGGUGGAUAGCAUGUACAGGCGAUGGCGGAGCAAUAUAAAUGAGAUUCUGAUGCCAGUCUUCCCUGGACAACUACGUUACAUUCGCAAGAACCUUUUCCAUGCAGUUUAUGUUUUGGAUCCUGCUUCCAUUUGUGGGCUUGAGACCGUUGAAACGAUUAUCUCUUUGUUUGAGAAUAGUCUUCCUGUGAGGUUUGGGGUGAUAUUGUACUCUACACAGUAUAUCAAGAAAAUUGAAGUAAAUGGUGUUGUUCCUGUGGAGAAUGACAGCCAAACUGGGGAAGAUGUGUCCAGCUUGAUUAUCCGUCUUUUCAGCUAUAUUAAGCAAAAUCAUGGGAUUCAAACAGCUUUUCAGUUUCUGAGCAAUGUAAAUAAAUUGCGAUUUGAGGCAUCCGAUUUUGCAGAAGAUGCUCCUGAGAUUCACCACGUGGAGGGGGCAUUUGUAGAAACAAUAUUGCCGAAGGCAAAAGAUCCACCUCAAGAUACUUUACUAAAACUGGAGAAGGAUCAAACUUUCAAUGAACUGUCUCAGGAGAGCUCUAUGUUUGUUUUUAAGCUUGGUUUGGCUAAGCUACAAUGCUGUCUUUUGAUGAAUGGGCUUGUCUAUGAUUCAAAUGAGGAGGCUCUAAUGAAUGCCAUGAACGAUGAGCUUCCCAGAAUACAGGAACAAGUUUACUAUGGACAUAUAAAUUCUCAUACUGAUGUUCUGGACAAAUUUUUAUCUGAAAGUGGUAUUCAGCGAUAUAACCCACAGAUUAUAGGGAAUGGCAAGGUCAAACCAAGAUUUAUAUCUUUCUCUGCAUCAAUUUUUGGAAAGGAAUCAGUGCUAAAUGACAUCCACUACUUGCACUCUCCUGAAUCUAUAGAUAAUUUGAAGCCUGUGACUCAUCUUCUUGCUGUUGACGUCUCCUCGAAGAAAGGGGUGAAGUUGAUUCAUGAAGGAAUACGCUAUCUGAUGGCAGGUUCUAAUAGUGCUCGCUUAGGAGUGUUAUUUAAUACCAAUCGGGAUGCUGAUUCACCCAGUCUCCUUUUUAUGAAGAUUUUUGAACUCACUGCAUCCUCAUAUAGCCAUAAGAAAAAGGUGUUAGAAUUCCUGGAUCAACUGUGCUCAUUUUAUGAGAGUGAAUACAUGCUUGCAUCUUCUGUUGUUGCUGAAAGCAAUCAAGAAUUUAUCAAAAAAGUCAUUGAGCUCGCUGAUGCAAAUGGGCUACCAUCUAAGAGCUAUAAAUCUGCUCUCUCUGUAUUUUCCAUUGACAAGUUAAAAAGUCAUUUGAAGAAGGUGGCACAAUUUUUAUACGGGCAACUUGGGCUUGAACAUGGUGUCAAUGCAGUUAUCACUAAUGGCAGGGUGAGUUUGAUAUGGACCCUUUAG